AUGUCGCUCUCGACACAAUCGCGCGAGAUGCUGCGCCUCUCCCGGGCCCUGGGCCGCCAAACUGCCCGGCCCAGAUCAUCACCAACCUCGUCGGCGUCGCUGAUCGCACCCCGCACCCGCACCUACCACAACCUCCCCCAACACGCCUCCCUCAACCACACAAAACACCAAGUAUCAAACAAAAAUGGCAUCCUCGGGCUGGCCCCGACCACCAAGCGCACCGUCGCCACCUACACAGCCCCGCACCACGCCGACGCCAUCUCCAUCAUCAAGUCCAACUUGGACACCAGUUCGCCCGAGUACAAGGAGAAUGAGCGGCUGAUGGCUGAGACCAUGGCCAGGCUGGACGAGCUCACACGCAAAAUCCAGCAGGGAGGCCCGCCAAAGGCGCGCGAGAAGCACCUAGCCCGCAAGAAGAUGCUCCCCCGCGACCGGAUUACCGCCCUCAUCGACCCCGGGACGACCUUCCUGGAGCUGUCGCCUCUUGCUGGGCACGAGCUAUACCCUGAGGCGGAGGUCCCUGCGGGAGGUAUCAUUACUGGAGUCGGCGUGGUCGAGGGCGUGACGUGCAUGAUCGUCGCGAACGAUAGUACCGUGAAGGGCGGCACGUACUACCCGAUUACGGUGAAGAAGCAUUUGCGGGCGCAGGCGAUUGCACAGGAGAACAAGCUGCCGUGUAUUUAUCUGGUUGAUUCGGGCGGUGCGAACUUGCCGCAUCAGGCCGAUGUGUUCCCCGACAGAGAGCAUUUCGGAAGGAUUUUCUACAACCAGGCCCGCAUGUCAUCCCAAGGCAUCCCGCAGAUCUCGGUGGUGAUGGGCCCCUGCACGGCAGGCGGUGCCUACGUCCCCGCCAUGAGCGACGAGUCCAUCAUCGUCCAGGAUCAGGGCCACAUCUUCCUUGCGGGGCCACCCCUCGUCAAAGCCGCCACCGGCGAAGUGGUCAGUCAUGAAGAACUCGGCGGCGGAAGGAUGCACUCCUCCGUGUCUGGAGUAACAGACUACCUGGCCGUCGACGACGCCCACGCCAUCACCCUCGCCCGCCGCUGCGUCCGCAACUUGAAUUACCCCUCCACAUCCUCCACCAUCCCAUCCCAAACCUUUGAUGAACCUUUGUAUUCCCCCGCCGAACUCAACGGCCUCGCCCCAGUCAACCUUCGCAUCCCCCUCCCCAUCCACGAAGUCAUAGCCCGCAUUGUCGACGGCUCACGCUUCGCGGAAUUCAAACGUGACUAUGGCACGACGCUCGUCACGGGCUUUGCACACAUCUACGGCCACCGCGUCGGCAUCCUGGCCAACAACGGUAUCUUGUUCAGCAGCUCUGCGUUGAAGGGCGCACACUUCAUUGAGCUGUGCGCGCAGCGCGGAAUUCCGCUGGUCUUUUUGCAGAAUAUUUCGGGGUUCAUGGUCGGACGGGAUGCCGAGAGGGAGGGGAUUGCCAAGAAUGGAGCGAAGCUGGUGACGGCGGUGGCGUGUGCGGAUGUGCCGAAAUUUACGGUCGUUGUCGGAGGCAGUUACGGGGCAGGCAACUAUGGGAUGUGUGGGCGGGCGUAUAGCCCGAGGUUCUUGUGGAUGUGGCCGAAUGCUAGGAUUGCUGUGAUGGGGAGCGAGCAGCUCGCGAGUGUCAUGGAGACGGUUGGGUCAGGGAAAGGGGAGAAUGGCGGGUUGAGGGAGAGGAUUGAGAAGGAGAGUGAGGCAGUUUAUUCUUCGGCUAGGUUAUGGGACGACGGCGUCAUCCCUCCGGCGCACACACGCAGGUACCUCGGCCUGGCCCUCAACGCUGCCAUGGGCGGCCGCAACGCGGUUGAGCCGGGCCAGACUAAGUUUGGCGUUUUCAGAAUGUAG